AUGCGCACGAUCAAGUUCCUGACUGCCCUCGCUUGCGGCGUGCCGUGCGUCAGGCAGGACUGGGUGACGGAGUCGCUAGUGCGCAGUAAACUCCAGGAUUGGCGCCACUACCUGCUACCUCAGGGCCUCUCCGUGACGUACAACAUGAGCGUGACGCAGAUGGUUGACGUUCGAUGGGGUGAGGACCGUGCGCACCUGGACCUUUUACACGGCAAAACAGGCAAACUGCGUCUGCUUGACAACCUCCGAAUCGCGCUUGUAGGGCGCGACCUCAUGCCUCGUGCGAAUGCUGCGGCUAACUCGAAGGCGGAGCCCGGGAUUGCUAAGGUCCUGAUCUGCAUGGGCGCACGGAGUGUCGAGGUCGUUUCGCGCGAACAGGCUAUUGCCAACCGGCUCGGCCACUACGACCUGAUCAUCCUGCGCACCGGCGAGAACACACCGACCUCACCUCCGGCGUCGUUGCGCUCGAAGAACGUAUGCUCCUGGGAUUGGGCCAAGGACUGUCUUUCUCUCAGCAGGCUCCUCCCUUACACAUGGCCGGCGCCUGCGGAAGACUAA